AUAAGGCACCGGAAUCUAUUAAAAAUUGUGAGCGGUUGUUCCAGUGUGGAUUUCCAUGGUAAUGAAUUCAAAGCUUUGGUAUAUAAAUUUAUGGCCAAUGGAAACUUGGGCAACUGGUUGCAUCAAGUCGAAGUGGGAGACCAUGGGCAGCUAGAAGAAUCAAGAAAUCUUAAACUAAUCCAGAGGCUGGACAUUUCCGUUGAUGUUGCCUCUGGACUUGAGUAUCUUCAUUGUGGUUGUGAGUCGACAACUAUUCAUGGUGAUCUAAAAUCAAGUAAUGUUCUUUUGGAUGAUGAGAUGACGGCUCAUAUUGGAGAUUUCGGGUUAGCAAAAAUUAUUUCUACCGUUUCAAGUGAUGUGGCACAAGGUCAAAGCAAUUCAACUGCAAUAAGGGGAACCAUAGGCUAUGUUGCUCCAGAGUAUGGCAUGGGGGACAUGGCUUCCACACUAGGGGAUGUAUACAGCUUUGGGAUUCUUUUACUGGAGAUGUUUACGGGUAAGAGACCAACUGAUGAUAUGUUUAAUAUUCAUUUAAAUCUUCAUAACUUCGUUAAGAAUGAUUUGCCUGAUCGAGUGAUGGAGAUUGUGGAUCCCUGCAUCCUAUUGGAGCAUAACACAAGAAGGCAGAUUAAAGACUGCAUGGUUUCCGUUCUACGAAUUGGGGUUGCAUGUUCAAUGGAAUCGCCAAGAGAUCGAAUGGAAAUGGGGAGUGUUACUAGCGAACUGCGUAAGAUCAAAACUACUUACAUGAAUGAUGGGUUGAACCAAGACUAGGAAGUUGGAAGAGGUUGUGCAACAUGAAAACCAAAGGUUACAUCCAAGGUCCUCCAAUAAUGGUUACCUCAACAGUAUGCUACUUCACAACCAAUAGAAUACAAGUGGUGGCUUUAUGUUACUGUUGCCUCAGCAAUCUUUAAUCUAUUGCUUGAAUAAGUAACUGUCACUUUUCUCCUUUGGUUAGAUUGUAUUAUAUCAAAUAUAUGUUCAUGUGGGAUGUUAUGUUUCCAGCUAACAUUGUGUGCUUGGGAUUACCAAUAUUUAUCCUUGUUAAAUAAAACUAUCAUUCCGUUGUAUCUUUACUUUUCCUUGAAAUUGCAUGUCCAUGUAUCAAAAAUUAUUUGUUUUGUAGCUUUUUUUAAUAUUAUUAUAAUUUCCCUUUUAGUCUUUGUUACUCUGUGUAAUAUAGAUUCAUGCACUACUAGCACUAGCACUAGGUGUCCCACUAGGAUAUAUAUACAUGUGACAACUAAGCUAACAAGUAAUACAAGCUCUAUUGCUGUGGAAACGAAGGAAAAUAUGUCAAAACAGAAUCUUGAUAUGGGUGUUUUUGGAGAUCUCAAUUGAGCCAAAUAUUCCUUGUCAGAUGCUACAAAUAAUUAAAAUUCAAAAACAUGUAUGAUGGAAGAGACACAUCACAUAAAGAAAUUAAAGAUUACUGACCUGAAGGGCUUUAUUCCACUAGACGACUCCCUUUGACACUAGUAACAAACACACAGUUUUGGAAGGUAUAUGCAUAUGCUUUUGUGGCUCAGCAUAUAAGGAACCAAUAUAUUAAAGUAAUCGGGAUUCAGGUCCAACAUCUUGCCAGUUGUUAAUAAGUUCAGGAACAAUCUCAACAAGAUCUUGCGGCUCAAAUGUUUCAUUAGCUAUCCUCCAAAGGAAAGUUGUCUACCCAACACUGAUGUUUCCUUCAACAUAGAAAGUGAGUCUUUUCUUAGGUGUUGGCUGCACAUCAGAAUCGGAAAUGUCCUUUGACUCUUCAUCGACAUUCACUUUG